AUGAGGUUUUCUAUUCUCGGCGGCGCAGUGUGGCUCACACUGUCUCGAGCUCUCACUCUUGCAGGUUUCGGCGGUCGUCCAUACCAGAUUUUCCAUGAGCAAGAUCGACGAGCUUCCUCCAUCCAAGACUUGGUCUCUUGGGACGAGCACUCCCUGUUCAUCCAUGGCGAGCGAGCCAUGAUGUUUUCUGGCGAGGUUCAUCCAUUUCGUCUUCCUGUUCCUUCGCUCUAUCUCGACGUUUUUGAGAAGAUCAAAGCCUUGGGCUUCAACCUGGUCUCCUUCUAUGUCGACUGGGCCCUGCUAGAAGGGAAGCAGGGCGACUUCAGAGCCGAGGGCAUCUUUGACCUCGAUCCCUUCUUUGACGCCGCGAAAAAGGCUGGCAUUUAUUUACUGGCUCGCCCUGGUCCUUAUAUCAAUGCCGAGGUUAGCGGGGGAGGGUUCCCCGGAUACUUGCAGAAAUUGAAUGGAUAUCUCAGAUCUGAGGCGCCAGAUUACUUGAACGCCACCGAAAAUUACAUGGCACAUAUAUGCAGCAUCAUUGCCAAGCAUCAGAUCACAUAUGGCGGCCCAGUCGUUCUUUUUCAGCCCGAAAAUGAGUAUUCGUCCGGCCACAACAUACCCUUUCCCAACGGGCAGUAUAUGCAAUAUGUUAUCAACCAGGCCAGAAGUGCGGGCAUCUCGGUCCCCAUGAUCAACAAUGAUGUUGGGCCUAGUGGCAACUACGCACCUGGCAAGGGAGUUGGGUCAAUGGACAUUUAUGGACAUGAUAGCUACCCCCUUGGAUUUGACUGUGGCAAACCUACAGUGUGGCCAGCCAAUGGGCUACCGACGACUUUUCAUAAGCGUCACGUCCAGCAGAGUCCGUCUACCCCAUAUUCCAUUGUGGAGUUUCAAGGCGGUGCAUUUGAUCCCUGGGGCGGAUGGGGUUUCGAACAAUGCGCUGCGCUGGUAAACCAUGAAUUCUCCCGAGUAUUCUACAAGAACAACCUUGCUGCCGGUGUGACCAUUUUCAGCCUAUACAUGAUUUUUGGCGGCACAAACUGGGGUAAUCUUGGUCAUCCUGGUGGCUACACUUCUUACGACUACGGUGCAUGUAUCCGGGAGAACCGGGUCAUUGACCGCGAGAAGUACUCUGAAGUCAAGCUUCAAGGACAGUUCCUCAAAGUCUCCCCUGGAUACAUUACCGCCUCUGUCGGUGACGCCUCCACAAGCCUAUACUCCAACAAUGCUGGCAUUACAAUCACGCCUCUCAUUGGCGCCAACAAUACCGGAGGCAACUACUUCAUCGCUCGUCAGUCAGACUACACCGCUACAGGCAGCGUCUCCUACACGCUCAAGCUACCAGUGUCUCCCAAUGGCAUGCUGACCAUCCCCCAGCGAGGUGGCACACUCUCCCUCUAUGGCCGUGACUCCAAAAUACAUCUGACCGACUAUCCUGUGGGAGACUAUAAACUGCUUUACACGACAGCCGAGGUGUUUACCUGGAAGAAGUAUGCUUCAAGGACGGUCCUCAUCCUGUACGCAGGACUAAAUGAAUUGCACGAGUUUGCAGUGGAUACUCCUUCUCAGCAGGAGGCCAAAGUCAUGCGCAUCGACGGUAGCAGCAUCUUGCUUCAUGAGGAAAGCUCGUCGACAAUUGUGCAGUGGAAGCCUGGUCCAAAGAGACAGUUUAUCCAGGUGGGCGAUCUGGCCAUCUAUUUGCUCGACCGCAACACUGCAUACAACUACUGGGUUCCCGUUCUCCCUGGUUCCGAUUCCUCUCAGUACGGAACAUCCCUGAUGAAUCCCGAAGCCGUCAUUAUCGCGGGCGGCUAUCUGAUCCGAUCGGCCUCUAUAUCCAGAAACACGCUGUCUCUCCGCGCCGACUUCAACCGCACGUCAACAUCGAUUGAGGUAGUUGGUUUCCCCCCCAAUGUCAAGAAACUCUCCAUCAACGGAAAAUUUGUCGACUUCACAAUCACAUCAUCCGGCACCUUGCUCUGCCAACCAGACAUCACUGUCCCCACACUCCAGGUCCCUGACCUCUCCAAACUGACGUGGUACGCCGUCGACUCCCUCCCCGAGAUUCAAGCCGGGUACGACGACUCUGGAUGGUUAACCGCCUCGCCACGGAAGGCCAAUAAGCCUGGAGCGCACCACGAACUUGGCAACUCAACCCUUUUCGCCGACGCAUCUCCUGUGUCGCUCUACGGCUCGGACUAUGGCUUCUACACGGGAGCUCUCCUCUUCAGAGCCCAUUUCACCGCCUCUGGCAAGGAAAAUUCCUUCAGAGUGUGGACCUCUGGCGGCCUGGGAUAUGCCUCCUCUGUCUGGCUCAACGACCGCUUUGUCGGCUCCUUCGAGGGCAAUUCUGACACGGAAAACACCAACUCGACGUAUAGUCUACCCAAACUAAGUACGGGCAAAACAUACGCCCUCACCGUGGUGGUGGACUCGAUGGGCUUUAAUGAAAACUUCAACCCAGGCUACGAGGACAUGAAAGUGCCGCGCGGCAUCUUUGACUACGCCAUAUCCUCUGCCAACGGAUCCGUCACCGACGUGACUAGCUGGAAAAUUACGGGCAACCUCGGUGGCGAAAACUACGUGGACAAGUAUCGCGGUCCCCUCAACGAAGGUGGCUUCUUCUUUGAACGCCAGGGCUACCACUUCCCCUCACCGCCCGUGGACUCCGUCUUCUCCGAAAAUUCCCCCCAUGACGGCGUCGACUACGCCGGCGUGACCUACUACACCGCCAAGUUGACCCUCGGCCUGCCAGCUGAGCAGUACGACAUUCCCUUGUCGUUUGUGUUCAGCAACGCCACCCACAAUGGAGAGUAUCGGGCGCAACUCUACGUCAACGGGUACCAGUUCGGCAAAUAUGCCAGCAAUAUCGGUCCGCAGACGGAAUUUCCUGUACCGGAAGGCGUGUUGAAUUACAACGGCGACAACUGGGUAGGGCUAGCUGUCUGGUCGUUGGGUGGCACGGGCGCCAGGCUGCCGGGAUUCACGCUCAAAGCCGGCACUGCUGUGCAGUCCUCGCGCAAUAAAGUUGUGUUGGUCACUGGGCCGCUGUAUUCCAAGCGUUCUGGGGCUUACUAG